AAAAAAAAUCCACUGGUGGUAGCCGAAUACUUUGAUUAUACGCUGAUUAAAAUAUAUUGACGACCCACGCCUCAUUGUCGUCUUCAUCUCACCAAAACAUUAAAUUUUGAUAUCUUCUUGAUUCCCCUUCACAAUAAUAGGAAGAAACCUUCGUCUCUCUCUCUCUCUAGAUCAUUAUAGAGAGAGAAAUGGUAGAGAAGGUAUUGUACGAAACAACACAACCGGAAGAAGGAGUUAUAGAAAGUAUUCCGUUGUUUGCUAGAGAACUGAUCGCCGGUGGUGUUGCCGGUGGAGUUGCCAAGACAACCGUUGCUCCUCUCGAGCGUCUCAAGAUCUUGUUUCAGACAAGAAGUGAAUUUCACAAUAUAGGAUUGUUAGCAUCUUUUAAAAGAAUUGCAAAGACAGAAGGGCUUCCAGGGUUUUACAGAGGAAAUGGAGCUAGUGUUGCAAGGAUCGUUCCAUAUGCAGCAUUACAUUAUAUGGCAUAUGAACAAUAUAGAAGACAAAUUAACUAUCACUUCCCUGCUAUGGGCAACGGGCCAGUCGUUGAUCUAGUAGCAGGAUCAUUAUCUGGAGGAACCGCUGUUCUCUUUACAUAUCCACUUGAUUUAGUUAGAACCAAACUCGCUUACCAGGUUGUGGAUGCUCCUAAAUUGAAUGUUAAAGGAUCCAUGAUUAGCGAACAAGCAUUUAAAGGUAUCGGAGAUUGUUUUGCGAAAACUUAUAAAGAAGCUGGGAUGAGAGGCCUUUACCGUGGUGUAGCUCCGUCACUAUAUGGAAUCUUCCCGUAUGCGGGUUUGAAGUUUUACUUCUAUGAGGAAAUGAAAAGCCAUGUCCCUGAUGAUUACAAAAAGAAUAUAAUAGUCAAACUUGCUUGUGGAUCUGUUGCUGGUUUACUUGGUCAAACUUUCACAUAUCCUUUAGAUGUCGUACGAAGGCAAAUGCAGGUUCAACGGUUACGCGCUUCAAACAGUUCGGUUAAAGGAACAUUUGGAACUUUUUUAAUGAUUGUACAAAAAGAAGGGUGGAAGCAAUUAUUUUCAGGACUGAGCAUUAAUUAUUUGAAGGCUGUACCAUCGGUUGCAAUUGGAUUUACCGUCUACGAUGUUAUGAAAGCGUACUUGCGGGUCCCAUCGCGAGAUAAAGCCGUUGUGGAAGUCUCGACAAAUAAAAGAGAACUCCAAACAUCAACUUUGUCCUCAUCACAAUCUGCUUCUUAAAAUGAUAAAAUCCAACAUAAUGCGGUAUUCUUUUUUCUCAUUGAUUAGUAGGUAUUGAGGCCAUUAACAAGUGUACAUUUGAUUGUUGUGUAACCUAGCCUAGGUUAUUAUGCGGUAUAUAUAUAAGCUAUAGGUUGAGAUUGAGAAUAAUGUAGGGUAUAUGUUACAUGUCAAGAUCCAAAACAAUGUACAUAACAAUAAGAUUUGUAGAUCAAUUUGUAAUAUCUAUUCAUGAAUAAUAUAAUGAUUCAAACAA